AUGGUGAAGCUCUUCUGCGCGAUUGUUGGUGUGGCGGGAAGUGCGUUCUCCGUGAGAGUGGACGACGAGAGCGACUCGGUGGAUGACUUGAAGAAGGCGAUCAAGGCGGAGAACUCAGCGACGAUCACAUGCGACGCCAAGGACCUGCAGCUCUUCCUGGCGAAGGCGGAGGACAACGCGUGGCUGUCGAGCCUCACUGAAGAUGUGAAGGAGCUAAAGAAGGGAAAGAAGACUGCUCUCGUCGAAGCGCUAACGCAUGAAGACAAGGAGCUGCAGGGAGAGUCGGGCCUCAAGAAAGUGUUGGCGGGCAUGCUGCCGCCAUCCACCUAUGAAAUUCACGUGCUGGUGGUCGUUCCGGAUGGCUCGACGGCACCUGAGAAGAAAAGGAAGAGGAAAAGAAUGGAAGACGAAGACGCACCAGACGCCUGGAUAAAGGCUAUCAAGGAUGAGCAGGUUACAGAGCUACCGUUGACUUGUGAAGAUUUGAGAGAGCACCUGCAACGCCCGCUUCACGUCAAGGUUCCCGUCAAUGACAGAUUAUUCCUGAUUGUGUCCACGAAGAACACAACAGGGGAGUUAUCUAGCAUUUUGGACAAAGUGUUUGAGCCCGAUCCGCGUAAAACACUUUCAGAUAUUACUGCGGGCAUAUUGGGGAGUGUAAUCGAUCCCCUCGGGUCUGGCUCCGAGUUCGCUACUGAAGACACGUAUCAUCACUUGUGGGAUUCCCUUAUUGCGAUGCUGCUGAGACGUGUGUCGAACGGGAAGUUUCGUCGCAACACGAAUGCGUCUACAUCUACUGGCCUCUAUCGCCCAGAUUUGUGCUUUUACUACAAGAACAGCAAUGUGUGCGUGGUGCGUGGGGAAGAAAAAGCAAGUGGCGAGUUGCAAGUGCCGGUUAGAGAAUUGCAUGAGAAGCUAACAUGGAGAUAUGACGCUGCGCCAUACGUUUUCGGCUACGCUGCUGUGGGACUGCAGGUGUGCUUGGUAGCUAUUCGGAAAGACGAAAUGACGGAACGUGGUGCGAAAGUGGAAAUCAUCGAAACGUACGACUUGGGUGAUCUCAAUGGCCGGCUGUCGUUCUUUCUCGCAUUGCUCAAUCUUUCGACUCUUUUCCGACCCGUUGUGGAUCUUAUCGAGCCGCUGGAUAUACUCGAGUACGGCACUAUCGAAAGAGACAGUGGUGUGCAGAUUACGUUCGCUGAAGAUUGUGUGGUGAAGACGUAUCCCCAGAACAUGCCAAGUGACGACAUAAUCCGCAAUCUGAAGGAAUUGCAUCGGCGAAUGAAGAAACAUUCAGUCCCGAACGUUGUGGAGCUAAAGAAUACAAACAUGAAAAAGAAGUACGUGAAGCUGGCACCGGUUGGUCGACUCUCCCCGCCUGAAAAUGUCCACCAGCUCCUGAUGGCCUUGCGCGAUAUUCUCAAAGCACUGGUGGCAAUGCACGCAAUUAAUCUGAUGCAUCGAGACUUGCGAUGGGAAAAUGUGCUGAGGUACCGAGACGAAGGCGACAAAUGGUUUCUUAUUGACUUUGACGAGGGAACAUCAUCGCCGGCUGCUAAAGUAGGUCAUUUGAAAGCGGAAUCGCAUGCUCCCGAGAUAUUAUCUUCGACCCACACAGUCAUGGUUGACAUUUGGAGCGUGGGCUUCCUUUUGAAGACAUCACCUAUUCAAGAUCUCUCACCGGAACUGGAAAGUUUAAAGGCACAGUGUUUGCAGAAAAGUCCGUCAAACAGACCUUCGGCUGAAUCUCUUCUCAAGGUUGUCGAAUCGCUAAUAGAAAGUUGA